AUGAGCAGGCUGCGGCGCUGGGCGAUCGCGGCUCUGCUGCUGCUGCUGCUGCCGCUCCCUGCACCCGGUCUUGGGGCCCGGGGUCCUACCGGAGUUCUGCACUGGGGGGGCUCACCCCAGGUGGGGAGCCCAGAAGCCCCGGAGGUCACAGAACCCAGCCGUCUGGUAGGGGAGAGCUCUGGGAGAGAAGUUCGAAAGCAGCAGCUGGACACGAGGGUCCGCCAGGAGCCACCGGGGGGCCCGCCUGUCCAUCUGGCCCAGGUGAGUUUCGUCAUCCCAGCCUUCAAGUCAAACUUCACCCUGGACCUGGAGCUGAACCAUCACCUCCUGUCCUCACAGUAUGUGGAGCGCCACUUCAGCCAGGGGGGGACCACCCAGCACAGCACCGGGGCUGGAGACCACUGCUACUACCAGGGGAAACUCCGGGGGAACCCGCACUCCUUUGCUGCCCUCUCCACCUGCCAGGGGCUGCAUGGGGUCUUCUCUGAUGGAAACCUGACUUACAUCGUGGAGCCCCAAGAUAUUGCUGUGCCUUGGGGAGCCUCCCGGGGCCCCCUUCCCCAUCUCAUUUACCGGACCCCUCUCCUCCCAGCCCCCCUCGGAUGCAGGGAACCAGGCUGCCUGUUUGCUGCCCCUGCCUAUUCUGCUCCUCCAAACCCGCUGAGGCUGAGAAGGAAAAGGCAGGUCCACCGCGGCCACCCUACAGUGCACAGUGAGACCAAGUACGUGGAGCUGAUCGUGAUCAACGACCGCCAGCUGUUCGAGCAGAUGCGACAGUCGGUGGUCCUCACCAGCAGCUUCGCCAAGUCCGUGGUGAACCUGGCAGACGUGAUGUACAAGGAGCAGCUCAACACCCGAAUUGUUCUGGUUGCUAUGGAAACAUGGGCAGAUGGGGACAAGAUCCAGGUGCAGGAUGACCUCCUGGAGACCCUGGCCCGGCUCAUGGUCUACCGGAGGGAGGGCCUACCUGAGCCCAGUGAUGCGACCCACCUCUUCUCGGGCAAGACUUUCCAGAGCACCAGCAGUGGGGCAGCCUACGUGGGGGGCAUCUGCUCGCUGUCCCGGGGUGGGGGCGUGAAUGAGUAUGGCAACAUGGGGGCCAUGGCAGUGACCUUGGCCCAGACCCUGGGGCAGAACCUGGGCAUGAUGUGGAACAAACACCGAAGCUCUGCAGGGGACUGCAAGUGUCCGGACAUCUGGCUGGGCUGCAUCAUGGAGGACACUGGAUUCUACCUGCCCCGCAAGUUCUCGCGCUGCAGCAUCGACGAGUACAGCCAGUUUCUGCAGGAGGGCGGCGGGAGCUGCCUCUUCAACAAGCCCCUCAAGCUCCUGGACCCCCCCGAGUGCGGGAACGGCUUCGUGGAGGCGGGGGAGGAGUGCGACUGCGGCUCGGUGCAGGAGUGCAGCCGCGCGGGUGGCAACUGCUGCAAGAAAUGCACCCUGACUCACGACGCCAUGUGCAGCGACGGGCUGUGCUGUCGCCGCUGCAAGUACGAGCCGCGGGGUGUGUCCUGCCGGGAGGCCGUGAACGAGUGCGACAUCGUGGAGACCUGCACCGGGGACUCGAGCCAGUGUCCCCCUAACCUGCAUAAGCAGGAUGGUUACUACUGUGAUCAUGAACAGGGCCGCUGCUACGGAGGUCGCUGCAAAACCCGGGACCGGCAGUGUCAAGCCCUUUGGGGCCAUUCGGCUGCUGAUCGCUUCUGCUAUGAGAAGCUGAACGUGGAGGGGACGGAGCGUGGAAACUGUGGGCGCAAGGGGUCAGGCUGGGUCCAGUGCAAUAAGCAGGAUGUGCUCUGUGGCUUCCUCCUCUGUGUCAACAUCUCUGGAGCUCCUCGGAUGGGUGACCUGGGGGGAGACAUCAGCAGUGUCACCUUCUACCACCAGGGCAAGGAGCUGGACUGCAGGGGUGGCCAUGUGCAGCUGGCCGAUGGCUCAGACCUGAGCUAUGUGGAGGACGGCACAGCCUGUGGGCCCAACAUGCUGUGCCUCGACCACCGCUGCCUGCCAGCCUCUGCCUUCAACUUCAGCACCUGCCCGGGCAGCGGGGAUCGUCGGAUCUGCUCCCACCACGGAGUCUGCAGCAACGAAGGGAAGUGCAUCUGUCAGCCAGACUGGACAGGCAAAGACUGCAGCAUCCACAACCCCCUGCCCACAUCCCUGCCCACGGGGGAGACGGAGAGAUAUAAGGGUCCCAGCGGCACUAACAUCAUCAUUGGUUCCAUCGCCGGUGCUGUCCUGGUUGCAGCCAUCGUCCUGGGUGGCACAGGCUGGGGAUUUAAAAACAUCCGCAGAGGAAGGUAUGACCCGACCCAGCAGGGGGCAGUGUGACACCGGCCACAUCAUCCCUCCCGCUGUCCUUGUCUCCAUCUCAUUCGUCACCUCACAUUCUGUU